AUGGCGCCGCCCCUCCCCGUCGGCGAAGACCGCUGGGUGGACUACGUCGCCGAGCAUAGCCGUCAGGCGAAUGACCUCGAAAAACACGUUCACGUCAUCGAGCUCUUCAAGCUCGCCGUCGAUGCCGAACCCAGCAGCCUCAAAAUCUGGCGCGCCUAUUGCGAUCACUUUUGGUCGCUCUAUGUCGACUGUCAGUCCGGCGAAACCGGCUGGUCCGAGGAGGAGCAGCACAUGAGUCGCGACAUCUUUUCUCUGAAUGCCGCCCUCAGCCUCUGGCAACAAGGCUAUGAAGCCAUUCAGUACCGCAUCAGCGACAGCCACGAGCUGUGGGAUCGCUGGAUCUCCCUCGAGCGCGGCCUCCUCGACCGCACGAGGACGGCCGAGGGUGUAAGGCGUAUCACCCACCUCUACUCCGACCGUCUGCAAAUACCCCACGUCACACGCGACCAGACUGCGCAGGACUUUUCCACCUUCCUCUCCACAUAUAACAAAUCCGCCUGGGAGGACACGAUGCAGGCUGUCACGGCCAAGUCUCAAGAAGCCAAGCAACUCGUCGAAGAUCGCGAAAUCUUCGAGUCCAAGCUACGCAAGGCCGCCCGCGACGGUGCCGAUGAGGAGUACAAAACCCUGCUGAAGGAAUAUCUAGACUGGGAAAUCUCGCAGAGCAAGAGGAGCAGCAAGACCAUGGAGACGACGGGCGACCUGUGUCGCGGUCUUUACUCACGCGCCCUGACUGGCGUCUUCACAUUCGAUGAAUACGUAUGGAUGGAGUACAUUCGGUUCCUCUCAACCUCGGGGACCUUUGCGCAAUCCCCAUACGCCAUGCUAGACGUCAUUCGCCGCGCUGUCGAUCAUUGUCCGUGGUCGGGGGCGCUGUGGUCUCGUUACAUCCUCAGCGCCGAGGAGGCUAGGCUUCCUUUCCAUGAUAUUGAACAGAUCAAGCACAAGGCUACGAGCCACCCCGACCUCUACAAGAAUGGAAUGACCGCCCUCCUCGACAUGUACGCUGGCUGGUGUGGCUUCCUGAAGCGCACUGCCAUGGAUCUAAACGCCUCCGACGAGGCCGUCGACAUUGCCGACAUGGGCCUGCAGGCUGCCAUCGAGUUUGUCGACCAAGCCAAGAACCGCUACGGAGAUGAGUACCGCGGCGAUCCCGCCUUCCGCCUCGAACGCAUUUACAUCCAGUAUCUCACGGAAAAGAAACGUUCGCCAGAUGACGCGAGGACGCAGUGGCACAAGCUGGCGGAAAAGUCGCUCUACGCAGAUAGCUACGACUUUUGGCUCAACUACUAUCUAUGGGAGAUGAUGGUGUUCGCCUCUAAUGGAAAGGACCGCAGCCCAACGCCUUCUACCGCUGCCGUGGGCCUACGGGUUCCUUCCGUAGCCACAGCCGUACUGGGUCGUGCGGUCAAGCGUAAGACGCUGGACUGGCCCGAAAGGGUCAUGGAUGUUUACCUCCAGCACUGCAACGACUAUGAGCUUCCCAGCACCGUGAGGAACGCGACCGACAGCGUGACUGAGCUUCGAAAAGAGACCGCCCGACGUCGUGAGCUCGAGGCUGCUCAGGCGGCAGAGCUCUAUGCCGCCCAGCUCCAGCAACAACAGGCAGCGCAUGCCGCGGAGGAAGCGAAUCAUCAGUCACCUUCGGGCUCCAAGCGGAAGCGCGGAGACGAGCAGGCAGACGAGGAAGAGCUUCCGGGUGAGGGAUCCAACAAGCGUCAACGAAAUCAUGGAAACGAGGCCGACUCUGCAUCAACGCAGCAGAGUCUCAAAAGGGACCGCGAAAACACAUCUGUCCUUGUCACCAACAUCCCAGCAAGCGUCACACAGACCAAGAUCCGGCAAUACUUCAAAGACUACGGACACAUCAACAGCUUGCAGACUGUCGCCGACAAGGAUGGCGAGUCCCAAGUUGUCGUGAUUGAAUUCAGGUCACCCGAAGAGGCUCAGUCGGCGCUGCUGCGCGAUGGAAAGUACUUUGGCGAGGCUCAGAUUGGAGUCGAGCCCGGCACCGACCUGACCGUCUUUGUCACCAAUUAUCCUCCGACGGCAGGCCCCGAUUACCUGCGCAACCUGUUCAAGGACUGUGGCGACAUCAUCAGCGUCCGCAUGCCCAGCCUGAAGGGCAAUGUGCGUCGACGCUUCAGCUAUGUUACCUUCAGGACGCGGGAGGCCUCGACAAAAGCCACGCAGAAACACGGCAAGCUCUUGAACGGCGAGUAUAAACUGACAGCCAUGUUCUCUGACCCGUCUCGUGCCAAGAAGCGCGACGGAGCAGUAGACGAGGGUCGCGAGCUUCACGUCACCAAUCUGGACCCAGUCGUCACCGAAGACGAACUCAGAGAGGUCUUCUCCAAGAUCGGCCCCGUUCAACGAGUGAGCAUACCGCGCAACAAGGGAGGUAAAGGUUACGGCACUGCCUAUAUCGAGCUCGCGUCCAAGGAGCAGGCCAACAAGGCUGUCGCGGAAUUAAACAGCACCAAGUUCCGCACUUCGAUCAUGACCGUCGCACUGUCAACGCCCGUCAUUUACAAGCGCGCCGCCGCCGUGUCUGGUGAGCGCAGUUCGGCCUCACCGGCGCCGAGUCGUGACCACGGGGGUGACGAGACGAUGGAAGACGCGAACGGCGACUCAUCAAAGUCGCAAGCGCGGGAAGAAGUCGCCGCGCGGAGCAUUGCCCUGCUCGACAUUCCUGAUACGGUAAACGAUGCACGCGUCAAGGAAAUCGUCGGCAAGAUCGCCGGCUUUACAGGUCUCGUUCUGCAGCCGAGCCACGGCGGCGCGAGCAUUGAGUUUGAAGACGCAGCGAGCGCGGGACGCGCCGCGCUGCAGCUGGACGGAUACCUUCUCGACGGCCGGAAACUCCGGACCGGUUCCGUCGACGAGCUUCGGCACGCCAAGGGCGAGAUGCGGACGGACAAGAUUGUCUAUGGUGGCGGCGGCGCCAAAAAGGACGGCGCCAAGGCGUCCGCGGGUAGCAGUAAGCCCUCGUUCGCGCCGUCGACCGUCAGACGGCCUGUCCUCGGCAAGGGCGGCGCAAAGCGUGGCCUCGGGUUCGUGGCGAGCAAGGGAGCCGCGCCGGCCAAGGCGAACGGCGCCGCUGUGUCUGCACCGCCGACGGAAAAGGGAGACGCGCCGCCAAAGCCCAUGAAGAGCAACGCUGAGUUUAAAGCCAUGUUCCUCGGCGGAGGCAGCAUCUCCUCGACGACCAAUGGAAAGGAAGAUGAGGACGUCAAGAAGAAAGAGUGA